AUGAAUCUGCAAGACUGGGCUCGUGCUUUCCCUCGGCCCCGACACACUCGUGUCAUGAAGCCCCGUAGUGCGGGAAACAGCCCCUCGUCAUCGAUGGCCAGGAGGAGGACGACCGUCGCGCAGAGUGCUAUGCAUGGCACCUCAAAUCAGUAUCAGUCUUCCUGGGAGGCUGCUCUUCUCGCUUCUGCUGCUCGGAAUUCACGCCCGAUCAGCUGGCACCCUUCCUCAGCCCGGGCUCGAGGCCUGUCGAACCCAACAUGUGUCCCCGACUUUACCUCGGAGAACUAUGCCAACAUGAGUGCCUUUCCUGACCAAUCGAUGCAUGCCUAUCCGGUCUACGCCAACGACAGCAUGAUGUCUUAUCCCGUCUCCGCUGGCCCAACCUACUCGCCUGGUUAUCAUUCAAUGUAUCCCGAGAUGCAUAAUACCAUGCCUCUUCCCCAACAGGCCCCGGCAAUGUCCAUGUCAGACUCGCAGGUCGAGCCUAUGGCAUGGGAUAUCGCCUCCACCAACAUGGAAAUGUCCAACAUGACCCAGACUACAUCUGAUGGCUGGUCGCUGGAUAUGCUCUCCAUGGCAAACAUUCCUCCGGCAGCAACAGCGUGCCCCAGUUAUGCCAGUGUGCCUUCACCGGGCGAGCUGAGUGGCCCAUCUACCCCCGACUUCCUCCCUAUUCAGCAAUUUGAUACACCGGCUCCCCAAGAGCAGAAAAAAGCCAAGAGCGAAGAGGAGCUUGUUGGAAUGGGCCUGUACAGCGAGCCCGAUGGCUCCCGGGCUCAAGCCCACCAGGUAUCCCUUGGAAAGGGCCUGAAGCUUGAAGAGACAUUUUCGCCAUCCGACGAUGAAAAUGAGGAUGGGGAUGAGGUCAACACCGAACAAAUUCAACCCGCUCUCCAAGAAAUGGCGCCCAUGCCCCAACCAGCGAACUUCUCCUUCCCCAGACAGCCAUCCAAACAGGCUCUGAACCUUCUUCAGAAGUCUUUCUUCUUCGACCAUGAUGACAUGGACCAGCAGACGAUGGCUUCAGCGCAGCCCUUCGCCCACCUCAACCAGCCCUGCAUGAACUACAGCUACGGCUGGAUUUAA